GACUUGAGCUAGCGGCGCCCUUGGCGGUUGCAACAUUGGUUGCACCGUGGUACAGCUGCCUCAGCGAUGCGAAAAUCAUGCUACGUGGUGUUUGAAGAGUAGCGCGAGUCGACUGAACCAAAUAAACGCCGAAACCUUCUCGGAAGCAUGAGUGAAGCGGGUGUGUUGGAGUUGACCUGCCACGUGCAGAAGUAUCACUGGGGCAAGAGGGGCCCAUCCAGCCUAGUGGCACAGCUGGCAUUGGAGGGUAAGCAUCUGGCAUCCAUCGAUGAAACCACCACAUAUGCUGAGUUGUGGAUGGGAACACAUCCUUCGUGUCCAAGCCAGGUUCGAGGCACUGACAAGACGCUAGCUUCAUACAUCACGGAGCAUCCAGAAUGCCUUGGCAGCAGCGUUCGGGCUGUCUUUGGUGUACACUUGCCAUUCCUCUUCAAAGUACUCUCAGUGGGUGCCCCACUGUCCAUACAGGCGCAUCCAACCAAGGUGAUGGCCAAGAAGCUGCACGAAGCACGUCCAGACCUGUACCCAGACUCUAACCACAAGCCUGAGAUUGCCAUUGCCCUCACGGACUUUGAGGCCUUCUGCAACUUCCGCCCUCUACAAGAAAUCACGCAUCUUCUGAAAGGACUGCCAGAGCUGCGGGAGGUGCUCGGGCCUCUGGCAGAGCAGCCAUUGUCAUCCAAGACCGAGUUGCACACCUGGUUCAAGGCUGUCAUCACUGCCCCGGCCAAAGUGUUUCUUCCUCAACUGGAGAAACUGGCCAAAAGACUCGAGAAGAACGUGGAAGCAGCGGGAAUCCCUAACGAGCUUGCCACUGUGUUCCUGAAGGUGCACGACAGUUACCCAGAUGAUAUUGGCUGCUUUGUCAUCUUCUUCCUCAACUAUGUAAAGCUGAAGCCUGGAGAGGCCCUCUUUCUAGCUGCAGAUGAACCGCACGCUUAUAUCUAUGGUG